AGGGGUUAUUGACAAGGCAGUUUCUGUCGUUUACCGGCGUUUUAGAACACGGUUUCCUUUCAUUGAAAAAUAAAAUUAUAAUUCAACAUGGCUUGGGUUCCUUUAGAAUCGAAUCCAGAGGUUAUGACGAAGUUUCUCCACAAGUUGGGUGUUCCAAAGAAAUGGUCGAUUAUCGAUGUGUAUGGUUUAGAUCCGGAUUUAUUGGCGAUUGUUCCUAGACCUAUUCUUGCUGUUAUUUUGCUGUAUCCUACAAAAGGUGAAAAGACAGAGGAAGAAAAAGAAAAAGAAAAAGAAAAAGAAAAUGAAAACGAAAAAGAAAAAGUUCAGGAGGGCAAGGGUGAUAUUUCAGAUUCUGUUUAUCAUAUGAAGCAAUCUAUUUCAAACGCAUGUGGAACAAUUGCGUUACUCCAUAGUGUAGCCAAUAAUUUGGAUUCCAUACAGUUGGAAGAUGGAUUUCUUAAGAAAUUCCUCAAUGAAUCCAAAGGUCUUUCAUAUAUUGAGCGUGGAGCGAAUUUAGAAAGUGCGCAAGACAUUAUUGAUACUCAUAUGGAAUCUGCCCAAGAAGGACAGACUGAGGCACCAGGUGAAGAUGUAGAGGUGUACCAUCACUUUGUUGCGUUUGUACAUAAGGAUGGCACUUUGUAUGAAUUAGACGGCCGAAAACCUGCCCCUAUCAAUCAUGGCGCCACGUCACCUGAUUCGCUUCUGAACGAUGCUGCUCUUGUGUGCAAAGAAUACAUGGAGCGAGAUCCUAACGAAAUGCGUUUCACGGUGGUUGCACUCGCUGCCAGUGAAUAAACUUCACAACUUUUCUUUUAUAAACUACUUUAUAAACUUUUAUAAACAUUUGCCUUUAUGAACUUUAUGAAUAAGUUCCAAUAAUUUAUUUUAUGUAGUAUUAUUUGUAUUUCGCUUCAGCUACGUAUUUCUCUUGUCAAGUUUAUUUGAUUGCCAACUUUCGGCAAUAUGUACCAAGUCAAUGAAUGAAAUUUAUAUAUGCAGUUAUUUA